UCAGCCCGCGGCCGUCCCCCGCCCUCCGCGGCACCAUGUCCGGCUCCGGCAGGAAAGACUUCGACGUGAAGCACAUCCUGCGCCUCCGCUGGAAACUGUUCAGCCACCCCUCGCCGGCGGGCGGCCCGGCGGGGGGAGGCUGCCUGCCGCCCGACAGCAGCUUCGAGCACUGGGGACCGAGCCAGAGCCGCCUGCUGAAGAGCCAGGAGCGAGGCAACGGCGUCUUCUGGAAGAAAUCCGCCUCCUCCGCCUCCUCCUCGGCGGCCACCACGGCCAGCCCGCCCAACGGGACGCUGCUGCCCGCCGGCGGCCGGCCGGCCGCGGGGCACUGCCCGGGACCGCCGCCGCCCCGCACCAUCUUCUACGUGGAGUCCCUGGAGGAGGAAGAGGAGGAGGCGGUGCCCGGCGGGAUGGAGGUGGCCCGCGAGCCCGAGAAGCCCCUGGCGCCGCCGGAGCGGGAGGAGGCGCCGGGGGGCUGCGCCGAUGGAGGCAGCCGGGCAACAGGUGACGGAGGCGGGCACAGACUGUCAGGAGCCAGCCACCCCUUGCCACCCCACUGUGACAUGGAUUCGUGUAGCUCUGAGGAAUUCUACCAGGCUGUUCACCAUGCAGAGCAAACCUUCAGGAAAAUGGAGAGCUACUUGAAGCAGCAGCAGCUCUGUGAUGUUAUCCUGAUUGCUGGGGAUCGCAAGAUACCUGCACAUAGACUUGUCCUCAGUUCUGUCUCUGACUACUUUGCUGCCAUGUUUACCAGUGAUGUUUGUGAAGCCAAACAAGAAGAGAUCAAAAUGGAAGGCAUAGACCCCAAUGCACUGUGGGACCUUGUUCAGUUUGCAUAUACAGGCUGCUUGGAGUUAAAAGAGGACACCAUUGAAAACCUUCUAGCAGCUGCCUGCCUCCUCCAGCUCCCUCAAGUAGUAGAGGUUUGCUGCCAUUUUCUGAUGAAGCUUUUGCACCCAUCCAACUGUUUAGGAAUACGAGCAUUUGCUGAUGCACAAGGGUGCACAGAACUUAUGAAGGUGGCUCACAACUACACCAUGGAGAAUAUAAUGGAAGUUAUAAGAAAUCAAGAAUUUUUACUUCUACCUGCCGAGGAACUCCAUAAGCUUCUUGCCAGUGAUGAUGUGAAUGUUCCUGAUGAAGAGACCAUUUUCCAUGCCUUAAUGAUGUGGGUGAAAUAUGAUAUGCAGAGGCGAUGCAAUGACCUAAGUAUGCUGCUUGCUUAUAUCAGAUUACCCCUCCUCCCACCUCAGAUAUUGGCUGACCUGGAAAACCAUGCACUUUUUAAGGAUGACCUAGAAUGCCAGAAGCUUAUUCUUGAAGCCAUGAAGUAUCAUCUUUUGCCAGAAAGAAGAACUCUCAUGCAAAGUCCAAGAACUAAGCCCAGAAAAUCUACAGUUGGAACACUUUAUGCUGUUGGAGGAAUGGAUAACAACAAAGGAGCUACAACUAUUGAAAAAUAUGAUCUCAGAACAAACAUAUGGAUUCAGGCUGGAGUAAUGAAUGGCAGGAGGCUUCAGUUUGGUGUUGCUGUCAUCGAUGACAAGCUGUUUGUCAUUGGAGGCCGGGAUGGUUUAAAGACAUUAAACACUGUUGAAUGUUACAAUCCAAAGACCAAGGCUUGGACCGUGUUACCACCUAUGUCAACACAUAGACAUGGCUUAGGAGUUACAGUGCUUGAAGGGCCUAUUUAUGCAGUGGGAGGACAUGAUGGUUGGAGUUAUUUGAACACAGUUGAGAGGUGGGAUCCUCAAAGUCAGCAGUGGACAUUUGUGGCAAGUAUGUCAAUUGCCAGAAGCACUGUUGGAGUAGCAGCAUUAAAUGGCAAGUUAUAUUCAGUUGGAGGUCGGGAUGGAAGCUCAUGUUUGAGUUCAAUGGAAUAUUAUGAUCCUCAUACAAAUAAAUGGAAUAUGUGUGCCCCUAUGUGUAAGAGAAGAGGAGGUGUAGGAGUUGCUACCUGCGAUGGCUUUCUUUAUGCAGUUGGAGGUCAUGAUGCUCCUGCUUCUAAUCACUGUUCUCGACUGCUGGACUAUGUGGAAAGGUAUGACCCAAAAACUGAUACAUGGACAAUGGUGGCUCCACUGAGUAUGCCUCGAGAUGCUGUUGGUGUUUGUCUCCUUGGUGACAAAUUAUAUGCAGUAGGUGGCUAUGAUGGUCAGUCAUAUCUGAACACUAUGGAAGCAUAUGACCCUCAAACAAAUGAGUGGACACAGAUGGCUUCCUUAAAUAUUGGAAGAGCUGGUGCCUGUGUUGUAGUCAUCAAACAACCAUGACUUUGUCAGCACUGCUUAGGAUUUUACUGACUGUGAAAUUGUUAUUUUUCUAUGAGACAAAGACAAUGGUAACUUCACAAGAACAAGGAUUUACACAGUGAAUACACUGUUGAUCACAAACUUGAGGAAGUUUAGAAGUGACAAAGAUUAAGUAUUUAUGCCCUAUAAAAUCUUAAAACCGUUCACAGUCAGUGAACAAGAAAAAAACCCCAGAGUAUUGUAGGCGUAAAUAUGUGAAUGUAGAGUAGUAAGUUCAGGUAUUGUUCUCAUGAAUUUGUCCUGGAGAACUGGAUAAUCAUGGGAAAUCUACACAAAGAGGGGAAAGGAAUAUGAGAAUAGUUUUCAUGACUGCAAGAGAACUGCAGAAUCAUGGAAGUAUAUUUAAUCAAUUUUAAACUGUGUUUUUUAAAAGAGAAAAGUGGAUAGUAAUAUAAUUUUUUUUGCUGUUCAGGUCAUGUCUUCAAAUGGUUUAUGGUCUUCUCAUCUAAAUGAGCAGUUUUUCUUUAGUGAAAGGAAGAGGCCAAAUGGUCUGGAUAUUCAUUGUGACUGAACUGUGACUCUAGAGUCAGAAGAAACUCAAAACUAAAAGUUGACAUUUUUUGCAAUUUUAGAUUGUACCUCCUCAGCAGUGCUAUUGCAUCUUAUAAAUGAGUCUACUGGGGGGGAAGUUUGUGUGUUUACUCAACUAAUACAUAAAGCAGUCCUGGGGCUUUGUUGCAACUAAUGGCAGUCAAAGAAGCAGUUACAUAAUUCUUUCUUAUAUUCAAUUUAAGCAUGUGGACUGUAACACAUUUUUAAUGUGUUUAAACACAUUGUUUAAUGCAUCUACUGCAUGUUGGAAGCUCAUGACAAACUGGAAAAUUGAUCCCCUUAUUUCACUGCAUCAAAUUAAUGGAUGAACCAUGACAAGAACAGUCUAUAAAGCCUCCUCUAAUAUUUCAAGAGGGAGAAAAAUCCUACAUUUUAAUUUUUUCUGAUGCUUGUACAUACACAGUUUUGCCAACUUAGAGCUGCCGAUUUAUGACUUUUCACUUAUGACUGAGAAUUACUGCAAGUCAGGAAAUCAUAAUAAAUGCAAGUGGAAUAAGGAAAAUGAGACCAUUUGAUAUGAUAAAAUUUGUAUGGUAAAUAUACUAGUGUCAUCUGUGCUUCCCUUUAGGGUUGAUAAUUUCUGCCAGUAAUGAUAGUUUGAGCUUUUGCUUUGGCAGUAGAUUUGAUGCUGAUGCUUUCUGUCUGAAUCAGUUGGAACCUGAGGCCACUGCUGGAAUAUGAAAUUCUGCUGUUCAGGGAUGCACAGCUUCUGGGAACAGGGCACCAAAUAAACUUCUGUAAAUCUUUGCUGAUCCUAUAGGAAACAUUUCGAAAGUAGAAACCACAAUCCACUGCCACUAGAAAUUUUGAGAAGGAAUUCUGGUUGCAUUAAAAUGAAUUUUCUCAGUGGAAAACUCUGCAAUCAUUUGAGAUUAAACAAUAUGUAGAGCUUCCAUCUUGGGACGUUUGAUUCGAAGAUGUGUCUUUCCUUCUAACAGCGCCAUGCAGAGGUCUUUGUUUACUGAUGUAAGCUGAAUUGCAAUUCUGAAACCUAAGUAUAUGGACUUAAAUCUCUUAAAUAUUUCUCUGUCCUAAUUUGGAAUCAGCUGAAAACACUUCAAUAUUAAUUUUCUCCAACCAGUUGCUGUUUGAAUUGCAUAUAAUCUUUCACAGACAGGCACGUGAAUUUUUCUCCAACUACAAUUAGUUGUUGAAUAAAAAAUGUCACUUCUCUAAACAUUUUGCUUUACACAAACACAAGUUUUGGAGACCAAAUGAAGAAGAUUCUAGAUUAUAAUUGCGGAUUAUAACUGUAAUUAAAUAUAGACAUUGGGCAUUCAGUUCUCCUACGGAGAUAGCUAAAGAACUUAGAAAUUGAAGUCUAAUUCUAUUCCCAUAACUUUAUUUUGAUUUCUUUAUAUUAAUGCAUAAUAGAAAUACUAUUGCUCUACCUAUACACUGAUCUUCAAUAUAGGAUUAUUCCUAUUAAUUUCAUUCUGUGGCAAAUUUGUUUUAAGUGCCUUGAUCAUUAUUUUCAUCCAUUUAUCAUCAAUUUCAUUUUUGAGUCUCAAUUUCUUUUCCACUUUUUCAAUUUGCUUUUAUUUUACAAAAUUAUUCUCAUGUGAAAUUUUUCAGUCUCUUCCACUUCUCUUAUUCUGAAAGAAUAAAAUUAGUAUUUGUUUUAUUUUGACUAUGUAAAAUCCAGCCACAAUAGGAACCAAAAUUUGUUUUCAUAUUCUUUAUAUACAACUGCUUCAAAUUCUUCUAAAAAGAAUGUAUGAAAAAGAUUUUUUUUUCUUACUAUUAUGUUUACUUUUAUUUAAAAAAAUAGUAAUUUUACCUUUGUUUUCAAAAGAAAUAUGUAUAAAUCGAAGUACUACAUAAUCGUAGUCUUGAUUUCUGUGGUGGAUUAAAACCCAUUUUUUAUGUAUAAGGGUUAAAAUCACUUCUGAUGCACUAAAUAGGACUAAGCAAUGUUAAGUUUACAUGAAAAGUGGUUGUCUUUUCAAAAAACAAGUGACAUAGUUGAUCUACCAUGGUUUCUUUUGUCUCACAUAGUCUCUUUGAUUUCAAAGUAAAAAAUCACAGUGAAAUCAGAGCUGCAACAAACAUUAAUUUUAGUGAAAUCAAUGACCAAAUUCCUCAAAAAGUUAUUUUGAAGUUUACUAGUGUUCUAGCUUAGUAGUCAAAUUUAAUAUUCUAUUAAUAUUCUGGUUCAAUAUUCUAACUAUAUUAUAAAAUGUUGGUUUUUUCUCAGUCUUUCCAAUUUUUUUUGAGAACAUCAACCAGUUUAACUAGAAUGUCGACCAGUUUAACUAGAAUGUCUGUGUUUCACAUAACCUGAAUUACAUAUUUUUAUUGUUGUCUAUCUUUAAUAUGAACAUCUUUUCCACUAAUCAAACACAAGUAAAAGUAAUUAAAAUUACAGUCCUCUGAAGUAAUUAACAUUAAGGCCCUCUGGGACUGCUGAGACAUCUUACAUUUCUCUGUUCUAUGUGUCAAAAAGUCCUUUUUUUAAUUUAUUAUUGAUUUUCUAGAAAUUUUAUUAACUUCCUUUUUACUGCCACUGGUUUUGAGAUAGAAAGAAUGCCUAGGUUGUGAAUGUUAAUUUUUUUUUUUAUAUAUGGAUGAAUCCAUACAGAUUUUUGUAACAAGUUAGAAAAAGCAAUACUGUUCAAAACUGAUCAUUCUUGGCCUGUGGCAAAGAAAUCGAAGAAUCAUAGAACAAAUCAUAGAAUGAAGAUCAUCUGGUUCCAACUCCACUGCUGUGGGCAAGGACACCUUCCACUAGACCAGUUUCUCAGAGCCUCAUCCAAAAUGGCCAAAUUUGCUUCUUGAGGUGCUUAUAGAAGCAAUACCUAAAAGAUAAAACAAGCAGGUUUCCCACAAGAGGAAAGUGUUACAGGUGUGGCAGUCCAGUGAAUAUUUAUUAAUAAAAGUAUUUUUAAAAAUCAAAGGAAUUACAUUUUUGCAGGACUUUAAUUGGUGAUUUACGUAAAAAAAAAAAAAAAAGAAAAAAGAAAAAAAAAGAAAAAGAAAAAUACCACAGCAUAUUAUCUCCGUGUUUUUCAAAUUAAUUAAUCUUUCUGAUUUGUUUUCUCUCAAAAUGCUAAAUGGAUGCAUUUCAACACUAUGCUUUUCUAGGCACUCUGAAGCUAUAUUAAUAUGGAAUAAUUCCAGUUGAAUUAAGUAGAAAAAAAACCCAAGAAAAAUAUAUACAGUAAUUUCACGAAUGCAAGCCACUCCGUUUUGACCAAAAU